GUUUGUUUGAAAGGUAAAUUUCAAAACAACAGCUCCUUCAAACCCACCCACCCACCCCGAACAGAUUGCAGCCCUUCCCCUCCCAACUUUUGGCAUGCAGAUAGCUUUGGAGUUCAACUCCAGAAACUGUUUGCUGGCUUACAGCUAUACUGAAGAGUUCCGAGGGGAAGUUCUUUGACACACAGUGGCCACAGUAGGUCAUAAAAGCUGAUGGAAUGCCAGUCCCUUCAGUUAGAAGGCAGAACAGCAGCACUCCAGGGAAAAAUCCUUCGGAGAUCUCUCCCUGGGCAUGUGUUCAGUUAGCUAUGUUCCCUGGAAGUGUCCUUAGAGGUCUUCUAGUCCAACCACUCUUCAAGGCAGGGGACCUUAUACCAUACCAAACCAGUUGAAUGGUUUUCCGAUCUAUUUUUGAAGACCUUCACUAAUGGAGCACCUACAACUCUGGGAAGCAAGCUAUUCCAUUGAUAAAUCAUUCUCACUAUCAAAAAAAUUCGCCUUACUUCUAGGAUCCAGUGGGAUAUUUCAAGGCUCUGUUUUAGACCCAGUACUCUUCAACAUCUUCAUCAAUGAUAUGGAUGAGGGGAUAGAUGGGGAACUCAUGAAAUUUGCAGACGACACCAAUCUGGCAGGAAUAACCAACACUUCAGAAGAUAGGCUUAAGAUACAGAAGGAUCUUAACAGACCUGAACACUGGGUGCUAUCUAACAAAAUGAAAUUCAGUGGUGAAAAAGGUCCACCAGCUCGUCCUACUGUUGCAAUGCCUUGUCUGCUAUGCCCGUCUCUCUUGUGCUGCCUCCUCCUCCUCUUCUUUCCACUGGCUUCUAGUUCUGCUUCUAAUGAGGACACAGUGGUCAUAACCAGCAGUGGCCCUAUUAAGGGCAAGCAGUUCCUGGCUGACCUUGGAUCUGUGACAGCCUAUCUAGGCAUUCCUUAUGCUGAGCCUCCCCUGGGGAAGUUGCGUUUCCAGAAACCUCUUCCACAUCAGCCAUGGAAGCAAACAUUGGAAGCAACCAGUUUUGGCAAUUCCUGUCCUCAAUUUAUUUUCCGGGAUGUCCCCGAAGCAGAGAUAUGGUCUCCUAAAACACCACUGUCAGAAGAUUGCCUUUCCCUCAACAUCUGGGUGCCACAUCCACAACCUUCUUCACCAGUCCCUGUUUUGGUCUGGAUACACGGAGGGGGAUAUUUAAUGGGCACCUCUACUCUGGAGUUGUUCAAUGGGACACAUUUGGCUGCCGCUGAGAAUGUCAUUGUAGUCACCCUCAAUUAUCGCUUGGGAGCCCUGGGCUUUCUGUACUUGCCACCAGCUGCUCCAGGGAACCUAGGCUUAUGGGACCAACAGCUGGCCCUGAAGUGGAUAAAAGAGAAUGCAGCUGCCUUUGGGGGAGAUCCUUCUCGGGUGACCAUUUUUGGCCACAGUGCUGGAGGAGCUUGUGUGAAUUUCCAUCUUCUUGCACCAAAAAGUCAGGAUCUUUUUGCCCAAGCGGUGAUCCAGAGCGGAACAGCCAAUGCCUUCUGGGCUUGGAGGCCUUCUCAGGAAGCCAAAGAAAAAUCACUGGAAUUUGUUCAUCUGCUAGGCUGCUCCGAGGACAAUAAUAUCAGCAUAGUGCAUUGUCUGCAAACAAAAAAUAUUUCUGAAUUUAUUCGGCAUGAAAUAUCUCUGUUCUUCAAAGGUGGCUUCCUUGUAAAUUUUCCCUUCAGGCCAACCACAGAUGGGGAGUUUUUGCUUGGUGAUCCAGAAAAGCUCAUGGAGGAGGGGCAAAUUCAGUUCAAACCAGUCCUCAUAGGUGAAACCUCUGAUGAAGCAGCCUCAUUUGUCCACUAUGUUUUCCCUAACAUCACCGACAAUCUCAUCGAUCAGGAGCAGCUUCUGAAAGGGAUACAGCUGUUGGUGCCAAAUGCAACUGAAGAUUUUAUUGAGACUAUUGCGCUCAAGUACAGUGAAGGAAAUCAUGGCCCAGCACAAUACCGCUCCGCUCUGUCCCACUUCUAUACAGAUCGGAUCAUCGCAUGUCCAUUGAUUGAAACUACAAGAAAUAUCAGGAAAACUGGGAGUCCUGUAUAUGCCUAUUUAUUCGCGCAUCGCUCUUCAGGGUCAGUUUGGCCUGAAUGGAUUGGAGCAUCCCACGGUGCUGAGGUUUCUUACGUUUUUGGAACCCUUCAAUCAGGGCUGCCUGUCAAUCAAACAUACACAGAGGCUGAAGCCAGGCUGAGCCGUAAGAUGAUGUACUACUGGGCGGAGUUUGCCAGAACUGGGAAUCCCACUGGGUUAGCAGCCAGCAAGGAUGAGUGGCUAGUCUAUAAUGCCACAGAGCAGAAUUUCUUCCUUCUUAAUACUGAACCAUUCCAGGAAAGGGUGAAAGAGCACUGUGAUUUUUUAAAAAGCCAUUUUUCAAAGGCUGAAGAGACACAGAAGUCUGAAGGUGAUUCUGUUUCAUCGGACUAGGAAGAAGACAGGAGGUAGAAAUCCAGUGCUUGAUUAUAGUAACAGCCUUGAAUUGGGAUAAAGUUGGAAGAUUUCAGAAGGGGGCUAGACUUCUUUCUAAACAGUAGUUUCACAUUGGUAUUUCAAACCAUUUUUAAGUAGCGCUUUUGUGGCUCAGCUUCACUGUGUGAAAUGGAAGCUCUCCAAGCUGAUGCCAAUGGCCUUUGUGGAAGAGGAACCUGGAGAAACCUCUAGAUCUCAGCAUAAACAAAUUCAGAUCUUGGGCAUAGGGAAGGAAAGAAAGAAGGAGCCACCAAGAGUAACUUACAGAGAAGAUUACGCAGUGCUGCGAAAGAGAAAGCAUAAGAAUGAAAUUCAGCCUGUGGGGGAAUGGGACUAUUUAAUAGACAGAUGGAGACACUGGGAAUGUGUCCUUGUAGCCCAGUGAUAAAUGUUAUCAGAAUAUUUCCAUAGGCAUCCCUAAAUCUCAAGAUACAAAUAUUUCUUCUAAGGAAGACCAUUGUCCUCUCUAGAUAACAGAAGGGCAGGAAGUAACUUGAGAUCAGUUAGGUUAUUAAUUACCAAUGUGUAUGCAUGCAUAAAAAUCCCCCUCCAUUUUGAAAUAUAUAAAUAUGAGUGAAUCUGUCAAGUCUGCCAUUGUAAUCGCUUCAGCCUGCCAUAAAAUGUGGGGAGGAGGAGAAUGGGGACUUAGGGAAGGGGGAUGACAGGAUGACAGAAACCAGACGUGUCAAUCUGCAACAAGCUGGCUGAUCCAACAUCAUGAGCAUGAGAAUGGAAUGCGAAACUCCACCAAAGCAGCACCAAACCUUAAAGCUGUUACCAAAACUCCUAAUAAUAUUGGAGUCUUAAACCUGGUCAUGAUGGGAAGACCUGGGAGAAGGGGAAAAGGCAGGCUUUGCACAGGAAUACUCAGAUCCAGCUUUUCUUGCACUGUAACCACUUGAGUUUAGUAAAAGUAUACCUUUUGCUGCAAAUGGAUUUGAGCGUCUUUCUUUCCUAAUCUUCCAAGCUGGGACAAGCCUGACAGCAUCCUUUCCUCUGCAGGAGUUCCUCCCACUAUUUUC